CUGAAUCCCAAUGCUCGUGAACGUGACACAACGUGAGCGCGCAUUCAGCCUCCUCGCGGGAUCGCGCUUUAUCGGGAAAAGAAGGUCAUAAAAUAUUUCUGCUGCUGAAGGGAAGAGGGAAAUAAAUUAAAAACAAAAAAAAGUUGUGAGAGAGGAGACGUGAGUGAAUAGUGAUGCUUUGGAGCUGAAAGGAGGGGCGAGUGUCACCAAAGAAGGAGAAAAAGGUACAAAUAAUAUUUAAAAAAAAAGAAGAAGAAGAAAGAAAAAAACCCUGAUGGAGGGUAAAAGAUGCCCGCGCGCGUCUCCUGCCACCCACCAGAAAUCGAUUGCGUUACAUCCAGAAAUCUCUCCACUUUGACGUAUAAAACGGGACGCAUGGUGUGGACGAGUGGAGUGUGUUCUCCAGAGUCGGACAGGAAUAUACACACACACACACACGCACACACACACUCAUACACACACACACACACACUCAUACACACAUACUGUACACACACACACACACACACACACACCAUCGGCCUCCUCCAAUCAGUGCUGAAAAAGCCAUGCAGGCUGAGAAGAGAUGGCACAUAUUGUUGAGUGUAAUUGUUUUGCUCAUCACCUCCAGCCGGUGCAUGGACAGUAGAGAAGCGACACAUGCAGACAGUCAAACUCUGCUGGACCUGCUGCUGCGUGUGAUCAAGGACGGUGAACGGGAAAAGAUCAACACGCGAGAAAAAUCCACCCACAGCAGGCCUAUAGAGAUCGUCCUGAGAGACAUCAGCAUUAAAGACAGGUUUAUAAAACAUUUCACAGGACCAGUCAAGUUCCCGUCCGAGUGCAAGAUGCAUUUUCAUCGGAUUUACCACAACACGCGGGAGUGCAGCAGACCAGCGUUCUAUAAAAGAUGUGCGAGAUUGCUGGUGAGGUUAGCGAUGAGCCCGCUUUGUGCUCAGCCGUAGCAGCAGAGCGACAGAAAAAUCCUGAAGUUACAGAAGAUGGAGCUCUGAGGAAUUUGGGGCAGAUUUAUUUUCCGAGGAAGUGCCUUCCAGUCACACCAGUUAGAGCUAGAAAUCAAAAUGUAUUACUGAAAUACUGCCACACUUUAUUUUGCUCGAUCGAUUCAAAAUAUAGUUUGCUUUGAAUUGUAUGUAUUGUUUAACAUCACAGCCAUUUAUUUAUUUAAAUGAUGUGUAAAUAUUCAGUCCUGAUAAUCAGAUAAUAUAUUUAAUGAAAUAUAUUGUUUUGUGUCCCACUGAGUUUUAUAGAUAUUUCUCAUCCUCAUGAUUGAUUUGUGUUUUGUGUUUAUGAACGUUGCCUCUUUUUUGUCCAAGUUGCUUACGAUGCUGUGCUUGUGGUGAUGUUUAUUGUGGCACUUAUAGAAAUCAGUUCAAACAUUUUAAACAAAGAAAAGUCGAUAAUGGAAAGAAUUGCACUGAUGUUUUGAAAAAAUAAAAAAGAU